CACAUAGUGAUACAAGAGCUGGGAGGCGGCUCCGGCGUGGACCUUGGGAAGCCCAGCUGCCCGCCCGCGAGCCAGCCUAGCCUCCGCGGCCCGCCGAGGCUCAGAGCGAUCCGGAGACCCGGCGAGCGGCCUCAGUAGCAUCUGGAGGACCGGGAGCAGGGGAUCUCCACCUCAGACGCAGUCCUCUGGUGCAAGGAAGGAAGCCGCCUCGUUACCCCCAGCUCAGGCCCCGCCAUGGGGAAGACCAACAGCAAGCUGGCCCCGGAGGUGCUGGAGGACCUGGUUCAGAACACGGAGUUCAGUGAGCAGGAGCUGAAGCAGUGGUACAAGGGCUUCCUGAAGGACUGCCCCAGCGGCAUCCUCAACCUGGAGGAGUUCCAGCAGCUCUACAUCAAGUUCUUCCCCUACGGCGACGCCUCCAAAUUUGCUCAGCACGCCUUCCGCACCUUCGACAAGAAUGGCGAUGGCACCAUUGACUUCCGGGAGUUCAUCUGCGCCCUGUCGGUCACCUCCCGCGGCAGCUUUGAGCAAAAGCUCAACUGGGCCUUUGAGAUGUACGACCUGGACGGCGACGGGCGCAUCACGCGCCUGGAGAUGCUGGAGAUCAUCGAGGCUAUCUAUAAGAUGGUGGGCACCGUGAUCAUGAUGCGCAUGAACCAGGAUGGGCUCACACCCCAGCAGCGCGUGGACAAGAUUUUCAAGAAGAUGGACCAGGAUAAGGACGACCAUAUUACACUGGAGGAGUUCAAGGAGGCAGCCAAAAGCGACCCAUCCAUUGUGUUGCUGCUGCAGUGUGACAUGCAGAAGUAGAGGCUGGUGAGGGGGCAGGACCCCUGGCCAAGAGGGGCAUGCCAUCUCCCAACCUGGUGACCUCUCUGGCUGGCCCUUCCCCAGGGAAAGGGAUACUCCAGCCUCACUUUCUGGCCCACUCACUCCUCUGCCCAAGCCCUUCUUCCCCAGUCAGGUUCCUUGAAGGAUCACCUUACCCCCCAAAAGAAACAGGUCCUCGGGUGUAUUGUUAUCUAGCCUCACCCCUAGCCUUGGCCCAGAACCAACAUCAGUUGGGCACAGGGGAGUUGGCUUUGCCCUAUGAGGCUUGGUUAAGGAGGGGUGCUGGGGUACUCUUUGAAAUCUUAUUGUUUCUGGGCUUAUGCUUUAUAAAAUGUGGGUCCCACAGGCCCCAGUCAAAGGGUCAGAUUGGAUCUGUCCUUUCCGAAGGACCCAGAUUCCUUAAAGGUAGUCUCUACCCUACCCCCUCAACUCUACCUGACCCCUCUGGCCCCAGUCCUUUCUUCCCCUGAUGUUUAUUGAACAUUUGUUCAGUGCCAUGCACCUUUAGGUGCUAAGAAUAUGGUAGUUUACAAGACACAGUCUGUACCCUCUGAAAGCUCCUAGCUGGCAAUGGGGCAUCCUUCAGUGGUCAGGGUCUCAAACAGGAGUGUCAGACAUAUCUGAGGAGAGGUACAGGAAUGCCGGCUAGCUUGAGAGGAGCUGUUGCAGCUUCUAACUAGCUCCAUCCAAAGCUGCAGAAGGCUGAAAUGAAAAGCACUUAGAUGUUUAGGAGCCAUGUGAGUGGAAGUUUUAAGGAAAAUGAAAAUUUAUGUAAUACUUAUUUUUUUAGUACCCUUUAAAAGAGCUAAAGUCAUUUUAUUAGGUUAGGAUAUUAAAGAUACUCUAUAUUACUUGGUUUCUUAUAAAACGAUUAAAUGAUUAUAGAUAAUGCUAAUUUUCAGGGGGAAAAAAGUUGAGAUAAAAGGGGAAAAUACCACCAGACUUAACAGACAACCCUUUUCUUUGUCAGGCUGAGUCCUGAGCUGUCACCAUCAGCAGUUUUUGCUGCUUCCACUGCUUCUUUUUAAAUGAACUUUUUUUUUGAUUGAACAAGUGAACAAGUAACUCUUUGUUGCCCACUGACUCUGGUUGGGUUCUGGCUUCAGAGAGAGAAAUGAUGGGUGUGCCAAGAGUGAGACAAGUGUGCAUCCCACAUCAUGGAGGCUUGUUUCUGAAUUUGGUUUAGUUUCAGAGAUGGCCUUGUUCUUUCACUGCCUUCUAUGCAGGAGAAGUGACCACCUGGCCACUGUUUAGGCUUCCAGGCUGCAUUUGUGGACCAAAUGCCUAAAGGUGUGCUGGGCAUGCUCCAUUUGAAAGGUUUUUUCUAACUCUCAAUCCUAGAUCUGCCAGGUAAAUUCACCCCUUCCCAAGCGCAAAGGCUUUGCUUUCUGAUUUUGAAUCCGUGAGAUAUACAGCUGCAUGCUUUGACAGCAAGAAAAAUUCUUCUUGCUUCUUCAUCAAGUCGUUCAUUUUACUGUACUUGUGAUCAGAAAUUAUCUUUGAUGUGCAGUGACAGUUGACUUCCUCUUGAACUGCUGGUGAAAACAGUCUAGUAUUCAGGUGCUGCCAGCCUAGGGUGGGAGUAGGGAAUGAUUGCAGUGCCAGCACGCGUGAUGGCAGAGUUUGCAUCUACAGGAAAUAGAUGCAGUUCGCCUCUCACUUCUGAGCACUCACCUGUCCUUCCUCUCUACAGGUGGAAACUCUUGGGGAUACAAGAGUUUCAGUAAUCCCAAGCUCUGUUGGAUCUUUCUUUAUGUGGCCCUUUGAAGUAACAGGACCACUGGGUUGCCACUCUCUUUCUAUCCUGCCGACCACCAAGCGGAAAGAUGAGGCUAGGGAAUUCACAUUGUUAAGCAGUAACUAGGAGGUACUUAUCCUGCAAUGCCUCCAAGGAUGUUCCAUUGUUUUCAGGAGCUGAAUAGGUGUACCUUGUGCUGUCAGUCAGCAAGCCAGAUACAGAAUGCUUAACAGCCUGGCUCAGCUGGGACCUGAAUCUCUGGUGGAAGGCUUUUUGCUAAGUGAAAUUCUUUCUCACCAAAAUGUUGAAUCUAACCUAACUCAAAAUCACACGGAAUUCCAUGGCUUUUAAAGGCUUUUCAACAAACCCGUCUCAUUUUAUCUUCAUAAUCUAUGGAGAUUAUGAAGAAUGAAUUUUCAUUCCCUUUCUUCAGACUUAGAAGCUGAGGUUUAGUGAAAGGGAGUCUCUUGUGCAAGAGCACAGUCAGGAGGUUCCACAGUGUCAAAACUUGAACCCACGGCUCUCUAAGAGCAAAGAGACUCUUCUCUUCCCUGCUUAUUCCUGUAUCUGAUUUGUGUGGAGGUUGACUCUGGAGCAAGCCAAGUUGGCUUUUGUCCUUUAUAAGCUUCCUGAUAAGAAGUUUCUAAGGGUGUGGUCUUCCAAAAAGAAACAGAAGUUUGAAGUCCCUAUAUUUUCAAGAAUCUUGUUUUCUGUUACUGGGCAGUUCUGCUAAUGGACCAAUGCUAUCCUGGGAUGCCUCUGACCUAGAACCCUGGAAGCAUCUUACAUUGUCUUCUUCCCUGAGAGAACUGUUCCCCACCCACCAAGCUGGUGGGCAAGUCCUACCCAUGAGAGCAGAUUUGAUCAUUCCAGUUUUCUGGAUGCAUACCCAUGGGUGAUAUUUGCUGGUCAGGCCAAGGGUUUUCAGAUAGCCCAACAGAGUGAACAUAAUGCCAGGCCAGAAACUGGCACCUCCAUCUUGCUGAUGGGAGGAGCCAUGGGCAGGCCAGACCUUGCUCCCACACUCUUCUAGGUAUCUCAAGGACUGUGUACCCAGGAGCCCAUGUGGUAGAGCACUGGCCCCGCCUUAAGAACAGAAGCAGGUAUCCUAUUGCUGCCUCAGCUUUAGAGGGACUUGCCACUAAGCACAAAGUUAGCAGAGAUUUAUAUCUGACUUGCACAGACACAAAAGUAUACAGACAGGGGCUGGGGCUGUAGCUCAGUGGUAGAACACUUGCCUAGCGUGUGUGAGGCACUGGGUUUGAUUCUCAGCACUGCAUACAAAUAAAUAAAAAUAAAGGUCCAUUGACCACUAAAAAAAAAUUUAAAAAUCAUACAGACAGUUAAAACAUUAAUAUAGCCAAACUAUCCUUUGCAAUUCGAUGUCUUAUAGCAACUUUGUGAAUUACAAGUUUCCAGAAUCUUUCUUCUCACAUUUUCUGUCCUUGUUCAUUCAUCCUUUUAGGCUAAUCAAUAAGCACCUUAUUUCUUAUCUUUAAGAUCAUCAGCAUGGGCUACUUUAGAUGACCAUCCCAGUCCUUAGAGCAUAGUUAGGAUUAUUUAACUUACCUUUAAAUCAAAAGUUAAGAAAAAGUAAGUUUAAAAGCAAAGGCACUGAAUCUUUUCUUGACAAUGGCAGAGUCCCUAGAGGUGAAAAUUCAUCCUGUUGCAGACAGAGAGAAAAGGUAGGGUAGGGUGGAAGGAGAAAGGAAAGAGAAAGGGAGAAGCUGGUAUUCCUAGGCAGGGUAGUAAGCUGACACUGUAAAUAUCUUUACACAAAAAUUUAUUAAAGCAACAAAUAUUUCCUUAAGAUACACCCUGGGUGAGGCUUUGUGUUGACUUUAGAAAUCACUAUUGAGGCAAGAAUACAUUUCUUGCAUAUUUCAUUCAUCGCUCUUGAAAAAUGACAUAAUUCAAAUCCUAAAUUUAAAAGUCUUCAAAACAUAUGGAAUUUUCUUUCUGAUAUUUUCAGGGUUUCCUUUCUGCCUUUGCCAGGAUGUAGGCAGGGUAUGGCCUCACUGGGUGUAUGGCCCUCUGUGCUUGGUGGACACUGGCCAGGCUCACGGUCUGCUAAGCAGCGGCAGUGAGGAGGACUGGGGAAUAGAGGGGCUGUGUGGCAGAGAGGGGACCCCAGCUCACCAUGAGCUCCCAGUGUAACCCCUGUCUAUAGAGUGUUGCUUCUGGCUGCACCCUCAGUGACUGUCCCCACUGGUCGACCCUGUGCUGUGUGGUGUGUCUUUUUCCCACUGAUAAUGAAUAAAAGGCGUGACUGUGCAGAGAA